AUCAUUAUAGCCGGUAGUUCUGUCUUGUCAACGAGAAGUUGUAUUGUUUAUACUUUGCGUUUGCUUGUAUAAACGUAAGAUAUAUCGUCGUUAGAUCUGCUACUUGAAUCAUUAUUUUCACCGUAUUCGUUUCAGAGAACUUUCCUUACGUAAAUUUACGAACAAAAUUUAUUCUGUUUUAGAAUAAGUUUGCACUAUAGUCUACAGGCUGUUAACAUAUUUCUAAAGGAGUAAAAGCAUUUUUAACGUUCAAAAUGGUAGUCAGGCAAUAUAACGAAGAAUUAAAGUAUUUAGAAAAGAUAAGCGAUACGUGCUGGAAAAUAAAGAAAGGUUUCCAACCUAAUAUGAAAGUUGAAGGUGUAUUUUAUGUUAAUAAUACACUGGAAAGGUUAAUGUUUGAGGAGCUACGUAAUUCAUGUAGACCAGGUGCAGUAGGAGGUUUUCUCCCAGGUGUGAAACAAAUUGCCAAUGUGGCUGCCCUUCCUGGAAUUGUAUGGAGAUCUAUUGGAUUGCCUGAUGUGCAUUCUGGGUAUGGUUUUGCCAUUGGUAAUAUGGCAGCAUUUGAUAUGAAUGAUCCAAAAUCAAUAGUGUCUCCUGGUGGAGUAGGAUUUGAUAUUAAUUGUGGUGUUCGUCUAUUAAGAACUAAUUUAUUUGAAGAGGAUGUUUUACCUGUGAAGGAACAACUUGCACAAAGCAUGUUUGACCAUAUUCCUGUUGGUGUUGGUUCAAAAGGAAUCAUACCAAUGAAUGCUAGAGAUUUGGAAGAAGCUUUGGAAAUGGGCAUGGAUUGGUCCCUUAGAGAAGGCUAUAUCUGGGCAGAGGAUAAAGAACAUUGCGAGGAAUAUGGCAGAAUGCUUAAUGCAGAUUCUUCAAAAGUAUCAAUGAGAGCUAAGAAACGUGGGCUUCCACAAUUAGGAACUUUAGGAGCAGGAAAUCAUUAUGCUGAGAUUCAGGUAGUCGAGGAGAUCUAUGACAAAUGGGCUGCAUGCAAAAUGGGUAUCGAAGAGAAAGGUCAAAUUUGCGUGAUGAUUCAUUCUGGUAGCAGAGGAUUUGGUCAUCAAGUUGCAACUGACGCACUUGUCCAAAUGGAGAAAGCUAUGAAACGAGAUAACAUUGAAACUAAUGAUAGACAAUUAGCUUGCGCUCAUAUCAAUUCCCAAGAAGGUCAAGAUUACUUAAAAUCAAUGGCAGCGGCUGCGAAUUUCGCGUGGGUCAAUAGAAGUUCUAUGACGUUUCUUAGCCGACAGGCUUUUGCAAAACAGUUCAAAAUGUCUCCCGACGAUUUAGAUAUGCAUGUUAUAUACGACGUAUCUCAUAAUAUUGCGAAGGUAGAAGAACACAUAGUCGAGGGUAAACAGAAAACACUUUUAGUGCACAGGAAGGGAUCCACAAGAGCGUUUCCACCUCAUCAUCCUCUAAUUCCGGUAGAUUAUCAAUUAACAGGUCAACCAGUUCUGAUAGGUGGUACUAUGGGAACAUGUAGUUAUGUUCUUACUGGAACUGAACAGGGUAUGAAAGAAACAUUCGGAUCGACAUGUCACGGCGCGGGCCGAGCUUUGUCUAGAGCCAAGUCGCGUAGGAACAUAGAUUACAUGGACGUGCUAGGAAAAUUAGAGCAACAAGGAAUAUCCAUUAGGGUCGCAUCGCCGAAGUUGGUGAUGGAAGAAGCACCAGAAUCCUAUAAAAAUGUCACGGAUGUUGUAGAUACGUGCCACGCGGCAGGCAUUUCUCGGAAGUGUAUUAAAUUAAGGCCAAUCGCAGUUAUUAAAGGAUAAUUCCUUGAUCGCGUUAGAAAGAUUUUUUAGAUUGUCAAUCACGAUUUAAUAGGUGUUUCGAGCAUCAGCAGAGCCAUAUUUACAUCAUUAUCGUAAU